AUGGCCCAAUCAGUUCCACCAGGAGAUAUCCAGACCAGCCGGGUACCAAGAUCGUUUUCAACGCUCCAUACGAUGAUAAGCACACCUACCACAUCAAGGUGAUCAACUCAUCUGCUCGUCGUGUUGGAUAUGGAAUCAAGACCACCAACAUGAAGCGUCUUGGUGUAGGCGCAGAGUUCUCGAACCAAAGGAGUCCGUUCUUCUGAAUGUUUCUUGUGACGCUUUUGCUUCGGGCAGGAGGUUUUGUUUAUAUGAUAAUAGAAUUUAUCAAUAACUUGUUCUUUUUCAGGACACCAACAAUGAUCGUAUCACCGUUGAGUGGGCCAACACCCCAGACGGUGCCGCCAAGAAGAGUGAUUUCAGGGAGACGUUAUGGUCCGCAGAAAGAACCUUCCAAUUGAAUACAAUCCAUAA